AUGGAUUUUACUCAAAAAAUUCUGGAACGGAAUUGCUUGGAGAAAGUAAAAGAAGAAGGAAAUCCUGCUAGUAUACCCGAGAGAGUUCAACAGGGGAUGAAAACUAAAAUAUAUUCUACCAAUGACAGUGUUCAAAGAAACAGUAGAAUCACAGUUGCAAGAACUGCUACUGGCAAACUCCCACCAUUGAAUCCGUCACACGCUACCAUUGAAGUAGUCAGCGAUGGAACAUCUACAGACACUGGGAGUGAAUCUCCUGACAACAAGGAAAAUGAACAUAUGGAACACCAUCAAUAUUUCCCUUCUCAACUACAACAUUCAAAAGCCACGUAUAUAGAUGAUUCUGAUAUGCGUGCUGCACAAAAAACAAAAGACGUCUUUGCCCUCAAAGAGCCUAAAGUUAACUCUACAGUAAACUUGAUCAACAAACCUGCAGGUCGAAAAGCAAGAUUGGCUGCUUUAGCAAGUACAAUCAAUAAUUGGGAAGACGAUGUUAGACAUUUUACUGUAGCGAAGUGUGAUACUAAGGUAUCAAACAAAUCUUCAGUGUUUACCAAGCACGCAGUUAUGAAAGAUAAAGAAAACAGUGCACACAGAAAGUUUGUCUCAGUGCCGAAAAAGGGCAUUGUCUUCGGUAAAACAACCGAACAUUCUUCAGCUACAGUUCAGAAAGCUCACACAAUCAGUCGUAAAAGGUCUGAAUCAUCAAUGGAAACUGCUCUAGAACCUAAGAGAGCUUUGAUUGUCGGUGACACCAAGGAUAACACCAAGUCAAUGGUUUGGGACAAGACAGUUUUAGACUCACUGGAAGCCCAAGGAUUCUCAAGGUCCAUUUCAAAGCAGAGGUUGAUUUACAAUUACAAUGAAGAAGAAAACCUACCGUCUCCUGUCAGGGCAUUAUCACCCACCAAAGCAGCAUCUUCUGAUAAAUCUCAGUCUUCAAUGUCUCGUCUGAAAACCUCACCUGUCAAAAACAUGUCACCCGUGAAAACAAGAUUUGACAGUCAUCACCGUACUGGUAAGGCGACGACAGUUACCAGCACCAAAGUGCAAAGUGAGAGUGCAUUUGAUGAAAAGGCUGUGUUAAUGAGAUCAAAACCAAUUCAAAGCCAUUCAGGACAGUCAAGUAGAGAUAAGAGUCCUACGAAGGUACGAGACCCUGCUGAACUGUCAGUUGCUGAGCGCAUGGCUCUGUUUGAGCGCAACGCAGGUCCUGCGGUCAUGCCUAGGCCUCUGUUUGGUGCAUCCUUGUCUUGCAGUCAGCUGCCUAAGAAAACUAUGAAAACUUGCCAACAGCUCAGUUCAGGAUCACUUCAUGAACGUGUUGCCUUAUUUGAAGCAAGACCUCAUGAAAACCAGUGUACAAAAGAAGCUGUAAAUGAAAGACAGAGAGAGUUAGAAGAGCUAAGGCAGAGGUGUAACUUAAAUAAGGAACAUUCUACAACAUUAAAGGAAGAUUUAAAGACACCAACGCCUCCGUCACCCCCACCACUGCCUUCCCCUCCGGAGCCGUUUGAGUUUGGCAGAACUAGUGGGCGUGGUUAUAGCUGUUACGAUGAGGAAGAACAGAGUGUGUCACCUGAGCAAGUCAACCCUCAAAGGCACAAAUCUAAAGAACUGAGAAAAGUGAGAUUUUCUUCAACCAAUCUUGAAUGUUCCUAUAUUGACCAGCCAAAUUCAGAUAUGGAAGACGAUUUAGAAGAAGGAUAUAAAAACAGAUCCUCAUUGAGCACAAGUUCAAACGAUUCAGAUGUUGGCAGUUCUAGAAAAGAAUAUUUGAAUAUCUCUUCAUCAAGCUUGAAGAGAGACUGGUCAACCAGUGAAAGUUCUGGGGCUGAUGCUAAUGAAGUUGAUGAAUUCCUGGAAGAAGCUUUGGACAAUGAUUUGAGUGAUGUUUCACAGCCAAAACGCUCGUCAUAUUCUAAAACGAAGAACGAAGAGGAAAGUUUAUACAGAGAAUGUCACUCAACAAAAAGGGAACAAAGUCAAUCUUCAAGUCCACCCCUUCUUCAUACUGUUAGCUUUUAUAGAAAACAACAAAAUAAGGUGCAGACAAUCACUUUGCAGCAAAGGAUGGAGAUAAAACCAACUUAUUCAGAGGAAAGCAUUGUCUGUGUUGACCAUACUGAUGAUGAAAUGGAUGAUAAACAAGUGAAAGAGAAGGUUGAACAGCUGGAACAGGAGGUGGCCAAGCAGCAGAGCUACAUAUCACAAGCCAGCCAGGCACUGGACCUUUGUUACUCUUCGUUUGAAUUUUCAGGCUCUACUGAGCUGCUGGAAGCAGAAAAGCUUUUGUUACUCGCUUCUCUAAGAAAACAAGCCUUGCUACAAGAGAUACAGAGGUUGGAGGGUGAAGGGAGAUUAGACCUCGGGGAGACUGUGAGUGAGCGAGGCAGUCUGACUAUCUCUCGGGUAUCCUUACCUCUCAAGAUGGAUGUGGUACACGAUGCUGCUAAGUAUGACGAGUGUUACUAUCUCCUGUGCGUCGUCCGCCACAAGGAGGAAGUGCUGAGCUCUGACAUCAUGAGUGCCCGUCGCUCUCUACACAGUGGCAACGUGAUCACCUUCCCCAGCAAGUUUGUAGUCAGAGACCUGGACAAUGACUUCAAGAUCAUCAUUGAGGUCUUCGCCAUGAAAGCUAGACACAAGGAGCUCAUUCCUCAUGACAUCAAGUAUCACAUCAACACCAACAAAAAGGAGGUGAGCAAGUUGAGAUUAACUCCUCGCAAGACCAAGCCAGACAAGCGGAUGAUCACCGUGUCUCCAACUAGAGGGAGAUCCACAGCCUUCACUAUGGCUGGCCACUUGGUAUUGUCUCUACGAGAUGUACAUCGGAGACAGUUUACACUUUGCAAAAACAAAAACACAUACAACAAUGUAGUAGAAGGCUCACUGCAGCUACACCUGGACUCGGAGAUGCGUGUGGACGUGGAGUACAGAGGGUUCCUCACCAUGUUUGAGGAUGUGUCAGGCCUAGGUGCAUGGCACAGGCGAUGGUGUCUGCUGAAAGGGGAUAAACUGUCAUAUUGGCGGUACCCAGAUGAUGAGCACAAAAAGUUUCCUCUGGAUACUAUAGAGCUUUCGCAGUGUACAAUCAAGCAAGUGGAGGUAGUGAGACGUGAUGUGUGUGCUCGACCAAACACCCUCGAGCUGUACACAGUACGACCAGCACGACCUACAGACAUCGAGUCUCUAGUAGUGACCACAAGACGCGACAGGACCUGUGUACGACAUUGGCUGUCGGCUGACACCAAGGAGGAACGAGACCAGUGGUGCCACCACCUCAACAAAGCCCUCAGCUUAAUGAGAGCCUGGGGCACGUCAACAAAUUUUUAA